AGCAGGGUUCGGUGUUUCCGCUUCCGGUGGAGAUGAGAGCAGCAGAAGAAGAGCAGCUGCUCCUCUCUCUCUGUGUUAGGUAGCUCAAUCAUGACCGUAUCGAUGUAGGAGGAAACAAAAGAAUCCUUUCUGAACCCAAACGGACCUUUAAGAUGGCAGGCGAGGAGGAGAGGGGGGUGGUUCGGGUCAAAGUCAAGAAGUGCGACAGCGCUCUGCCCACAGAGUUCCGGUCCUUCGCUGUGGACCCUCAGAUCACGUCUCUGGAGGUCCUGCAGCACAUCCUCCUCAGAGCCUUCGAGCUGAACGGGAAGCGCAACUUCACCGUCAGCUACCUGUCCCGAGACCGGAGCGGCGUGGAGACCUACCUGUCCCUGCUGUCGGACUGGGACCUGGACGUGGCCUUCAUGAGUGCAGCCAAACCGUUCCUGCAGCUGAAGAUGGACGUGAAACCCUCAGAGGACAGUCCGGUCAUGGAGGACUGGGACAUCAUAAGUCCCAAAGACGUGAUGGGUUCUGAGCUGCUGCUUGCAGAACGGACCAGGUCUCUGGCCUCUGCAGCGCUCCCCUUCACCCAGACGUUACUGUCCCAGGUGGGUCGGACCCUGUCCCGGGUCCAGCAGGCCUUCACCUGGUCUUACGGGGAGGAGAUCAAACCUUUCAAGCCUCCGCUGAGCGAUUCGGAGUUCCACAGCUACCUGAACGGACAGGGCCAGCUGACCCGACCCGAAGAACUCAGACUGAGGAUCUACCACGGCGGCGUGGAGCCAUCGCUCAGAAAGGUCGUUUGGCGGUACCUCCUGAACGUUUACCCCGACGGACUGAGCGGCCAGGAGCGCAUGGACUACAUGAAGAGGAAGACCAAGGAGUACGAGCAGCUGAAGAGGGAGUGGACGGCCCGGGUCAGCCUGGAGGAGCUGGACUUCAUCCGCGGGAACGUCCUGAAAGACGUCCUGAGGACGGACCGGGCUCAUCCGUACUACGCCGGCUCAGAGGACAGUCCUCACCUGACCGCUCUCACAGACCUGCUCACCACCUUCGCCAUCACGCACCCUCAGAUCUCGUACUGUCAGGGCAUGAGCGACAUCGCCUCGCCCAUCCUGGCCGUCAUGGACAACGAGGCGCACGCCUUCAUCUGCUUCUGCGGCAUCAUGAAGCGGCUGGAGGGGAACUUCCGCCCAGACGGGCAGCUCAUGUCCGUCAAGUUCCAGCACCUGAAGCUGCUCCUGCAGUAUUCGGACCCGGAGUUCUACGCCUACCUGGUGUCCCGCGGGGCCGAUGACCUCUUCUUCUGCUACCGCUGGCUGCUGCUGGAGCUGAAGCGGGAGUUUGCCUUCGACGACGCGCUGAGGAUGCUGGAGGUCACCUGGAGCUCCCUGCCCCCCGACCCUCCGGAAACCGAGGUGGAGCUGCUGGGGCCGCCCGAGGACGCGCCGCCGCGCCGAGACGGGGCGUCCGAGAACGGCGUCCCGGACGAGGAGGAGAAGCAGCGGAGGCGACACAUGCUGAGGCCGUCGAGAGAAGAGCCGGAUCUGAGCGAGACGUUUGUCCCCAAAGAGGAGGACAAGCGAGACGGAGGGGACGGCGGGGGAGGGGAUGGCGUCGAAUGUGAUGACACUCAAGACCCGAUGGAGAAGUCGGGUCUGCAGGGUCGGUGCUGUCAGAGACAAACCAGUUUUGGAGAGUUUAAAUACUACACGGCUCGCAAUGAAGAUAGUUUUGAGAUGGAGGACAGAGACCGGCAGAGUCCAAACAACCCGAGGCGCCAGUCCACAGUGGACAGCGAGGACGACCCGGGAGAACAGACGCCUCUCAUUAAAAACUGUGACAACUUGUCUCCGGAGUCGACGCGCUCCGGCCUACCGGUCUGUAAAACCGGUUCCUCCGUCUCCCCAUCGUCCUCCGUGUCUAACUCCAGCUGGCCAGGAGUUUCUCCAGACUCUCCUCCAAAAUCCCCGUCCCCGUCCAUAACCAACGGAAGCGAGGCCUUACCAAGAAAUGUCCCCAAGCUUCUGAGCACCUCAGGGACCAGAUCCCCCCCAGCGUUGUCUGUAAAACCGUCCGUUACAUCACCGUCCCACGCUCAGAGCAGCUCCCGCCUGUCCUCGCCCAUCCUGUCCUUCGGGGGUAGCUCUCUGUCCGGCAGCAGGUCUUCGGUCCACAACUCGUCCUCCCCCGGGACCAAAUCCCCGAUCGGCAGCAGAAGCAGCAUCAAACCGUGCUCCUUGCCACCUCCUCAGGAGUUCGGCAAAGGCAACCCCUUCAUGCUGUUCCUGUGCCUGUCCAUCCUGCUGGAGCACCGGGACCACAUCAUCAAGAACAACCUGGACUACAACGAGGUCGCCAUGCACUUCGACCGCCUGGUCCGGCGCCACAACCUCAGCCGGGUCCUGCAGAGGGCCAAGGCCCUGUUCGCCGACUACCUGCAGAGCGAGGUGUGGGACUCUGAGGAAGGGGACGAGGUCAGCUCGGACUCCCCGACCACGACGGCGCCACGGUCCCCGUCCUCAGCCGUCCCCACCCGCCCCAUUUACAGCCCUCUAGUGUCGCCGGCAUCGUCGCCAAACUCAACCUACAACCUCACCACGACGGUCCCCUCCCCGUCCGCCCACGUGUCCCUGUCCUCUUACGUGUCCUCGUCUGCCCACAUGUCCCCGUCUGCCCAUGUCUCAUCCACAUCCUGAUCUGAGCAGCCGGGUCGUCCCUCGCUGUCUUUGACUGAGUCCAUAUGUCCUGAACACGAUUGGUCCUACAUGUGGUCCUACAUAUAGUCCUAAAUGUAGUCCUACAUAUAGUCCUACAUAUAGUCCUACAUAUAGUCCUACAUGUAGUCCUACAUGUGGUCCAAUCUGGUCCUACAUAUAGUCCUAAUUGUAGUCCUACAUAUAGUCCUACAUGUGGUCCAACUUGGUCCUACAUAUAGUCCUACAUAUAGUCCUAAAUGUAGUCCAACUUGGUCCUACAUAUAGUCCUACAUGUGGUCCUACAUGUGGUCCUACAUAUAGUCCAACUUGGUCCUACAUAUAGUCCUACAUGUGGUUCUAAAUGUAGUCCAACUUGGUCCUACAUAUAGUCCUACAUGUGGUCCUACAUGUGGUCCUACAUAUAGUCCUACAUAUAGUCCUACAUGUGGUCCUACAUAUAGUCCUACAUAUAGUCCUAAAUGUAGUCCAACUUGGUCCUACACAUAGUCCUACAUGUGGUCCAACUUGGUCCUACAUAUAGUCCUACAUGUGGUCCAACUUGGUCCUACACAUAGUCCUACAUAUAGUCCUACAUGUGGUCCAACUUGGUCCUACAUAUAGUCCUACAUUUAGUCCUACAUAUAGUACUACAUAUAGUCCUACAUGUAGUCCUACAUGUGGUCCAACUUGGUCCUACAUAUAGUCCUACAUGUGGUCCAACUUGGUCCUACAUAUAGUCCUACAUAUAGUCCUACAUAUAGUCCUACAUGUAGUCCUACAUGUGGUCCAACUUGGUCUUACAUAUAGUCCUACAUAUAGUACUACAUAUAGUCCUACAUGUAGUCCUACAUGUGGUCCAACUUGGUCCUACAUAUAGUCCUACAUGUGGUCCAACUUGGUCCUACAUAUAGUCCUACAUAUAGUCCUACAUGUGGUCCAACUUGGUCCUACAUAUAGUCCUACAUGUGGUCCAACUUGGUCCUACAUAUAGUCCUACAUAUAGUCCUACAUAUGGUCCUACAUAUGGUCCUACAUGUGGGCGGGGACUUGCUUCAUCUGUUGUUUCCUCUGAGGUCACUGACGUAUGAAGUAUAAAAAUCCUGUCCGAGGUUGAUGCAAUUAUUGAUUAUUUUCUGUCUGUCUGUUUGUUUGUUUGUUUGUUUGUUUGUUUGUAGCCUGUAAACAGAGGCUUCUUAUGGACAGCACUUACAGGAAUCAAAUCUUUAAAAUUAAAGUUUUAUCCAAAAAUCUGUGACUUAAAAAUAAAUUUUACAGUUUUUAUUUUGUUCCAAAGAGUUGGAGCUGACGGUUCAGAACCUGGACCAGGAGUCCAAACCAGAGACCGGGAGACCACCUGUCGGUUAUGAGCAGUGGUCCAGCCUUAGGUUUGUGGAUCAGUCCAGAGUCUCUGAGGUUCUGGGUCUGUUUUAACCACGAGUUCCUCCAGAGUCACCAGCAGCAGAUUAAAGACUCAACCUUUCUGUUCUGACCUGAGAGAGACCACCAGGUCCUGGUCCUCGCUGAGCCUCAAGCAGAGUCCCUUCUUCUGUCUGAAACGGGUCAGAACCUUUUCCAGGUUCUCAGUUUCCUCAGGGGUCUGUUCAGAUAUUAACUAACAGAAACACAGAGCUGCAGGGCAGGAAACGAACUUUACAACAGGUCCACGUGGUUUCAGAAGGAUCCAGUGGAUCCACAUGGUUUCAGAUGGGUCCAGACGGGUCCAGAAGGAGCUAGAUGGGUCCAGACGGGUCCAGAGACCUCUGUGUGUUUCUUGUUGGGACACAUGUUGCUGUAUUCAUGUUAGUUUCUGUCUGAACGUCUCUGAAACACGUUUUUCUGUUUUUAGCCCUUUUUUUUAGUCUUUGGUCUUUUUUUGAGUCGUCGUGAAGUCGGCGAGCUCCGAGUCUCUGGUCUCAGCAGAUCUGAUCCUCGUGGAAAUCAUCAUCAUCAUCAUCAGCUGUGAUGUCACUCAUUACUUCCACUUUUUAAACAUUCAUAAUUAGUUUGAGCCAAAAUAAUCAAUGUGUUUUUUUAAAUAAUUAUUUUAAUGUAGUUUCAGUUUGUUUUGAAAUAAAACGUUUGUCUUUGAAAGGACUCAGAUUCUGAACCGGUUCACUUUGUGCCUCCAUAAGUUCGAAUCUUCAGCUUUGAUUUUUGCUCUUCAGUGUUUUUGUGUCUCAACAAUAAAUGAAUAAAGUUUAUUUCUGAAUGCUUUGAUGUGGGAAAAUAUUCAGAUUUGUUUUAUCUGAACAGAGUUCUGUUUGUUUGUUAGUUUUACUCUUUAAAACGUUGGAAACUGAGGGAUAUUUUUAGGUUUUAACUAAAAACCUGAAGUCUUUUUAUCCCAGAAUGAAGCUGAACUUUUGCAUGUUUGACAAGAAUAAAACAGCUUAAAACUCAUCCUCACCUCUUAAAAUAAAUCAUUUGAUUUGUUUCUGCAGAGUGGAUUCAGGAAAACCACAGGAUUUUAUUUUAUUGUUUGCAGCGUUUUCUUGUUUGAACAUUUAUGGAGUGAAAGAAAAAAGGUUUUGUUUUAUUUUUCUGCUCCGGCCUGUUUUUAUUAGUCGUUCUGGAGGAAAACUCUGCAGACGAGUAUUUAAUCAAAUGACCAGAUGUACUGUACGCUGGAAAUAUGAGCUUUUUAAAAACGAUUUAUCUCAUGAAAUUAUAUAUGUGCACAAAAAUCAAGUUUUAAACACAACAGUGUUAAUGGUUGUAUAUCGAACACAAAUAAAAUAAUCAGUGAAACUGA